GGAAAUUUGGAGAGAGACUUGGAGAGCAUGAGACAAAACAGGACUGAAAUGUUGUGUGUCAUGCAAGUGCUUGAUGACAAAAUAAAAGCAGUUGUUGAAUCAGAACACCGGUAUCCAGCUGAAGUGCAGACCACCACCAUGUGCAUCUCGGUCAGUCUGAGCGGCUCUGUGGUUCUGGGCUGCCUCUUCGCUCCUAAGAUCCACAUCAUCCUGUUCCAGCCUCAGAAGAACGUGUCCACGCUGCGGGUCACAACCAACCGCUUCAGUGCCACCGUGUCGGCCUCCGCCUCCGCCUCUGCCUCCGCCUCCGCCUCCGCCCCCAGCUCCAGUUACUCCAAAGGGUCGGCUUCAAACUACGUGCCAGCGGUUUGUAACGGCCGUGAGGUGCUGGACUCCACAACUUCCUCUUUGUGAGAACCUUCCGCUGUCCUCAGUGAGGCCAGGUCGCCAUGGCGUGCAGCAAAAGUUGGGAUGAGAUAUUUGUGUCUUGUUACGCAACCAAAAAAUAAUUUGCGACCAAAAAAAUAUUUAAAAAAAAUAUACAAUACAAUAAAAAUGGAUUCAAAAUUGCCAGUUAAUUUCCCCCCAAAAAUAUUUUGGUUGCUAAUCAUUUUUUUAUUGUUACAAAUACUUUUAUUUGGUAAUGAAUCCUUUUUAUUUUUUAUUAUAAACCUUUUUUUGCUUAUAAAUAUGUUUUUUUGUUGCGACUCAUUUUAUGUAGUAUAAAUAUUUUCUGGGUUAUAAAUCAAAAUUGUUAUAAUAAUUAUUUUUUUAUAGAAAAUUAUUUUGUGGCUCAAUAAUCACUUUUUUGGUUGCAAUUUUUUGAGGGGUUCCAAAUAUUGUUUUGGUUAUAAAUAGUUUUUUGGCUAUCCAUCAUUUUUUGCUUGAAAAUAUUUUUUGUUAAAUUUGUUUUGGUUAUCAAUUAGUUCUUUUGGUUGCACUUUUUUGGGGGUCACAAAUAUUUGUUUUGUUAUAAAUAGUUUUGGGGUUUUUUUAAUGUUUUUUUU